AUGGCUACAAAAGAGAUUACUGAAAGUCUCCAGAAUAUGCUCACCUGCCACGUUUGUCAGGCCUAUCUCAAGGACCCAGUGGAGGCUGAUUGUGGACACAGUGUUUGCCAAUCUUGUCUCAGUUCCUCCAGGGGAGUUUCUACGCCUACCUCUUGCCAUACAUGCAAGGAAAUCUCCCAACCAAGAAGUCUUAUUGCCACUUUAAGGAGAAGGGGAAAACUCCCUUUUUUUUUUUUGAAAAGAAGACCUUAUACCUUCAAAAGAUAUCUACAGAAGCCUGAGGGACCCCCCAGCAAGUGUGACAGACACCAAGAGGAUAAGAAGUUGUUCUGUGCUAAUGAUAAGACCCUAGUCUGUGUGUCCUGUUCACAGUCCCCGAAACACAAGGCUCACAACAUCCUACCCAUAAAAGAGGCUGCUAAGGGCUAUAGGGGAAAGCUCCGGGAGAAUCUGAAACAUGUAUAUGAAAAUUUAAAAAAUGUUCACAAGCUAAUUAUUGACAAGAAGAAGAUACCUCGGACAUGGGCAGUUGUGUUGACAGAACAAGUAAAAAUGACAAGAAAAUCAUUUGAGCAAAAUUUUCAAGAAAUAAGUGAAUUCCUGAGUGAGCCAGAAGAGGAGGUCCACAGUCUGGUGGAGCUGGACGAGGAGGAGAAUGAAAUGUUUGAGCAGCUGAAGGAGAAUGAGGAGCAGCAAGUAAUCCAAAACAGAGAGAAAAAGAGGAUGAGCAAGCUCCAACUGUUGGAGUACAAGAAUGACCUGAGGGAGAUGGGCAUAGCACUGGAAGAAAAGGCUGUGAUGGCAGAUACAGACCUUCUUCAAGAUUCAGAAGACAUAUUGAGCAAGAGUCGGUCGCUGUUGUUUCAAAUGCCAGAACCUUUCACACCAAAACCGAGUGAUUCUUAUUGCAUGCGUUUAAGACAAUUUCUUAGGAAAUUUCAAGAACCGAGACUGUUGCAAUGUAAUUAUCCAUAUGAACUACCAGAUGAUGACAGAAAGAGGACUUUCACAUUUGCAGAUCUAUCCUCUGGUCAGAUGUAUGCUAUUUAUACCUCUGGAAGUCUCCACUACAUGAAUGGGAGAGACAGACUAUCUAUUACCCAACUGAGUCUGAGUAUGGAUAUUUCUGAGGAGGAAGACUAUCCCCUUUUCACCUGUUACUGUUUGCCAAUUGAAAGGGAGCCAGCUAGUAGUGACUUCUCUCCUAACCCUUCAAUAGAAUGGCACUAG